AUGUCUACUGCAACUUUGAGUGCCGUUGCUGGCUCAGUGACGGCUUCUACGCCCCUUGCGCCAUUCUCAGGUACAGAAGGGAGCUAUAUGCUACCGCAUCAUGCCCAAGAGAUUGAGAGGCUGCACCGUCAACACCUCUUUAUGAAUACUACCACGGGAGGCCAGUUGCUCGUCGUACCAACCAUAGAUGACAAGGAGUCCUUGAGCGUGCUUGACUCCGGUGCCGCUGAUGGCUUCUGGCUACGUGAUCUGCCUCGCCAGCUCCCAUCGCACGAUCUGGAGCUUUAUGGAGUCGACAUUGGAUCUGAUCUCUUCCCUGCACCAGAUGAGAUUGCACCUCACAAGGUAACGCUUCGGAGCCAUGAUGUCAGAACUCCCUUUCCACAGUCGUGGGAAUGGACCUCCAAAUUCGACGUGAUCAACCAGAGGCUGCUUAUCUGGGGUAUCCAGUCUGCCGAGUGGCCUCGCGUCAUCUCAAAUCUCGUUUCAUCUCUCAAGCCUGGUGGUUAUAUACAGCUUGUUGAGGCUGAAUGGAUUGAUCCCAAUAAUCUGGCAGACGAGAAGACACGGCCUCAGCUUAGGAAGCAAGCUGCCCUGCAGGAAUGGUCUACCGCCAGCUUUGGUAUGGACAUCCAUAUUGCCUACAAGCUUGAAGGGCUCCUUCGCGACGCUGGCUUGGAGGAUAUUCGCAAGGUGCAAUUUGAUCACGGCUAUGGCGCCCUCGCAAGAUCCAAGGAUCAGAGGAACGUGUCGGCUGAGCUCUGGGUCGAAUGCUUCAGGACACUGGAUGAGAAGAUCCCUGAGGCUGGAAUUCCCGGAGUUGCGGUGAAUUCGAAAGAGUUCCACGAGUUCCUUGAUGCUUUAGAGGUCGAGAUCAAGACUUAUGGCUAUCAGCCCAAGCUUAACUACGUCUAUGGACGAAAGCCCUUGGCUUUAUGA